AUGGAGGACGAUGAUGAAUUCUGGGUCGUUGACCCAUCGCUGAGGGAGCAGCUGGCUAUUGAGCGCGAGAGAUACUGCGAAAGACAACGAUUAGAAUCAGAGUCGAACGAUUCACAAUCAAGCCAAGAUUCCCAAAGCUCUGCGAAAUCCCGCCGUGGCAUCCCCGGAAAAGACCUACGACUGCGGAAGCUGAGUUUUCUUUGCAUGGAGAAGCGCUUCAGAGGGCGCUUGCAACGAGAAGUUGAAAGAGUGCUCCGAAAGACACCGGAACGAACUCCUGGCGAGUGUUGGUCAAUUCCAAGGCGAGCGAAAUCCUACGAACGACUUGAAAUGGCUUUCAGAUGGUGGGAUGCGGAUGCGCUCGCUGGAGACAAUGAGCAAAAAGCCAUUACUAUUCAGUUCGGCUUCGCUGCCCUCCUGGUCAACAAUCGGAUGACGCUCUCUCAAAUGAGAGGGUGGUUGGACCACGGCUAUCAUCUCUCGCAUCUAUGUGGCAAUGAACGUUGCUGCAAUGCGCAUCAUUUCACUGUUGAGCCCGGCUCAGUCAAUCUGAAAAGACGAAGCUGUCACAGCAACUGUCUGAAAUGGAGAAGAUGCAAGCACGAGCCAAGGUGCAUUGCAAGGCCUUGUGCUGCUGAAUGUCCUUGCAGAACGCAGAAGACGUUGACCUCUGACGACAGCGGCACAAUAACAUUGACUGCGUCAUCGCUGCAGUCAGUCACAUCUCCGAAUGCUUCCGUCGACAGCCAAGAGUAUCCGAGCUCGUUGCGUCAGAGAUUGUUGCGCCUGGAAGAGCGAAAACAACAGCUUGAGCAGUCAGAAUCUGCUCAUUCAGAGCAUUCACCGGCUGUCGAUCCAACCAUAGAGCAGUCCAAUUCGCUCGUUCGCGCUACUGAAGAUGACGGAAAUAAUCACGAUAUCCGCCCUUUCAGUGGCAGCUUUCGGUAUUUCUCUCGGUUCUGA